AUGAUGGUGGUGUCUGUGGUGGCGACGGCGGGGAUCGCGGCGCAGAAGGUCGCCGUGGACGUGGCCGUGGCCGCCGGCGUGCGGCGCUUCGUGCCGUCCGAGUUUGGCAUCAACACAUGCCGCGUCGGCGGCACGCCCAUCGGCGCCAUCCUCGCUGGCAAGAUGGCCAUUGUCAACUAUCUAAAAGAGCAGGCGGCUGCGCACCCGGCCCUCUCGUGGACCGGCCUGUCGACGGGCCUGUUCUGCGACUGGCCCUCGAGCGCCAAACACUAG